CACAGGCUUUCCUCCCUUGCCACGUACUAUAUACCAAAGGAAGGUCCCCUGCAGACCUACAGAGAAUACAUCAACCAGCUACCCAAUGUGGAUCACCCUGAGGCGUUCGGGCAACACCCUAAUGCCGAUAUCGCCAGUCAAAUCAAAGAAACCAGAACCCUACUGGACACUCUACUGUCUCUACAGCCCCAGCGCUCUGUGGCACAGGGAGACAGCAAAGAGGACAAGGUUCUGAAUCUGGCUGCUGAUGUUCUCAAGAAUGUGCCCGACUUGAUUGAUUAUGAGGCAACAGCCAACCUGGUGGCUGACGACAUGAACCCUCUCAAUGUGGUCCUUCUACAAGAGAUUCAUCGUUACAACGUACUGCUGAGUACAAUCAAAGCCUCUCUAGUGGAACUGGAGAAAGGAAUCAAGGGCCUCGUCGUCAUGUCCUCUGAUCUUGAGGAGAUCUUUAACUGUAUCCACAAAGCUCAAGUACCCCCUCUUUGGAGCAAGGCAUACCCAUCACAGAAAGCCCUCGGUGCAUGGACGAGAGAUCUGAUUGUUAGAGUGGAGCAGUUCAGUCAAUGGGCCACCACCUCUCACCCACCCGUACUGUUCUGGCUCUCAGGGUUCACCUUCCCCACUGGAUUCCUCACAGCUGUGCUGCAGACUGCCGCCAGAAAGAACAAUGUAUCUGUUGAUUCCUUACUCUGGGACUUUCAUGUGACCACCUUGGACGAUAGCAACAUCACAGAGCCUCCAAAAGAUGGAGUCUGGGUGAAGGGACUGUUUCUGGAGGGAGCUGGUUGGGACAAGAAGACUAGCUCUCUAGUGGAGGCCAACCCUAUGCAACUCGUCUGUCCAAUGCCGACCAUACACUUCAAGCCUAACGAGAACAAGAGAAAGAGUACUAAAGGUGUAUAUGUGUGCCCUUGCUACUACUACCCUAAUCGCACUGGUGUGCCCGGUCGACCAUCCUUUGUUGUGGGAGUGGAUCUGAGGUCAGGACAGAUGCAACAGGACCACUGGGUCAAGAGAGGAACUGCUCUCAUUAUGAGCCUAGAUUAUUAACAUUGCUGUAGUGUCUUACUCUAAUAGACCUUUCAGCAUCAGACUUAAUAAAUGAAUAGCUAGUCUCAAUAUCAACAUAAUGUAUCGUUUCUAUGACAAUUUUUUCUGCAAGUCACAACACUUUUUUCUUUCGGUCACCCGAUCACUUGUUACCCUCAUUCAUUUGUGAUGUCACUCACAAUGACGAUUGUAUUGACAUUUUAAUAUAAUAAUAACAUUA